GAACAUGAGUGCAUUGAGACUGAUAAAAGGUGAGGAGGACGCUAAACAAGUUAAUAUAUGAGCUCUCGCUGAAUACAGAUGGUUGCCUGUACAAAUACGUCUUUUUAUUUGUGCUAGACGAACAGAGGGCGUUAGAAAUAUUAAUAUUUUCUAUCAGGUUACUUUUUUUUUUUUUUACAUCCUGUCGCAUGUAUUUUAACUUUUUGUUGUUGGGUCGUCGUUGACAUUACCUCUAAUGCCGUGUGAAGACUCUGCUGGUGGACAUUAAAAUGGAAUUGCCCGCGUCCAGAGAAGGUUCUGUGGUCACGUAUGUUUGCAUGACUCGGUGAUUCAUACUCCUUAACCUGCCUGGGACCCACACGAGGUAGCUCAUGGAGUCUGUUGGGAAGUUCGAGUUCAACAGGAAGCACCUGAUUGGUCACGGUGCCUUUGCCGUUGUGUUCAAAGGACGACACAAAGAGGUAAAUGAUAAACGUGAUUGGGAAGUGGCUGUGAAGUGCAUCAACAAGAAAAAUCUUGCCAAAUCCCAUUCUCUACUCGCAAAAGAAAUAAAAAUAUUAAAGGAACUCGAGCAUGAGAAUAUAGUGAGACUAUUAGACUAUCAGGAGAUGGGUGGUUGUGUGUAUCUUGUUAUGGAGUAUUGCAAUGGAGGUGACCUGGCUGAGUACCUUCAAUCUAAAGGGACGUUAAGUGAAGAUACAAUCCGAGUUUUCUUACAGCAGAUUGCUCAGGCCAUGAAGGUUCUCCAGAGCAAAGGCAUCCUUCACAGAGACCUGAAACCCCAGAAUAUCUUGCUCUGCCACCCUAAGGGAAGAAGGCCCUGUUCUGUCAACAUUAGUGUUAAGAUAGCUGACUUUGGUUUUGCACGUUAUCUUCAGACAAAUACAAUGGCAGCAACACUUUGUGGCUCUCCCAUGUACAUGGCUCCUGAGGUUAUUAUGUCCCAUAAUUAUGAUGCCAAAGCUGAUCUGUGGAGCAUUGGGACCAUUAUCUACCAGUGUUUGACUGGAAAAGCACCAUUUCAUGCGAACACACCACAGGAGCUCCGCCUCUUCUAUGAAUGCAACAGGACCCUUGUACCAAGAAUACCAAAAGAGACUUCAAGUAACCUCAGACAGCUACUGUUGGGACUUCUUCAGAGAAACCACAAGGAUCGGAUGAGCUUCGAUGAGUUUUUCUAUCAUCCUUUCUUGGAAACAAACUCAAGAAAAUGCUCUCCAGCUCCCAUGUGCUUCUAUCCUGGUUCUGCUUCAGGGAGCUCAUCUAGCAGCUCUUCCACAUCCCAUCCAACCUCUCCUCAAACUAAAUUGAAAUACUCUCAUGUACAAGACACUGUUGUCUUCCACUUGAAAGAUAUAGCCAGUCAAGACAGCGGGAACACUUCAUCCUACAGAGAAGACUAUGUUAUUGUACAUCCUGAGUUUCCCAAUGAGUACACUUGUGAAGAAGACAGUGGAUCACCCAUUGAAAGUUGCCUGAUAUACACUGGAAGCCCACUGAUGACUGACAGAGGUCUUGAAGCAGUUGGCAGGACACCUCCAUCCUCUCCCUUGCUGUCUUGUCAUGCAAAGACUUCUGGGAAGUCUGCACUCUGUAACCGCAGCCAUUCAGAGCCUAUUCCUGUCCCAACUCAGAUCCAGAACUACCAGCGUAUGGAGCAGAAUCUGCAACAUUCAGGCUCUCAAGGCUCCACCAGGGUCCAGUUGUGUUAUCCGGGCUUCAGUCAAAGUUCUUCACCAAGCAAAGAAUGUGGAUCUCAUGAUUCCCACACUGCCCCCUAUUCCUCAAGUCCAACUAGAAGAGGAGCCCAGGCACCCCAGUCCUCUCCAAAUGUGGGAACCACCCCAAGAUCCUCAGAGCAGACUCUACCUUGUAGUACAAGAACUGGGAGGCCCAUGGAGUUCUCAGAAAAGAGGGAUAUCACUACUGACAAGCUUGACAAUUCAGGCAGGGCAAUGUCAGACAGACAUAGACCUAGCCUCAUGUCUCCAUCCCACAUCAACCCCAGCAAUAAACCCUGCUACAAAAAGGGGCAAUUUAAAAGAUCACCAAACAUUGGGAAACUGUCUGAUGUUUUACUUAAAGCUGCAUUUGGAGCCCAACUUCUUGAAAGGAGAAGUCAUGAAACUCUCUGCUCUGAAAAUACCAUGGAUACUGCAGGAUUGGGUCUAUCGGGCAGCCCACCAAAUGCCGUCUUCUCCUUGGGUUCUCCAGCAAUAGGAAACACUCCACCUGAUACUAUGUUACCAAGGAUGCUGACAGGCUCUCCCAACUGUAUUAGCGCAGCCUUGUUACUCAACAGUCCCCUUCGUUAUCAAAGCUGUAGAAACAGGGAGACUGAAGCUAUGGAUGUUACUCCACACGGCAGUUUCGUCUUUCAUCCACCUGAGCUAUCUGAAGAUACACUAAUGGAGCAAGUCCAUACAGAUGUUCUCAGUGACCUCCAGUUCACGUUGGCUUUUGUGCAUUGUAUCAUGGAACUGGCUUCUUUAAAGGACCCUGUGCUGGAUCCCAUUGGAAGCUCUGGCGUUUCCUUUUUAGAACACAGUCUGUUGACAGAUCAAAUCAGCCUUUUAAGUCGAGAAUGGAGCUAUGCAGAACAAUUAAUGCUUUACAUGAAAGCAGCAGAGUCUCUGUCAACUGCUUUGCAAAACGCUAAAGAAAAUAUCCAGCAAGGUCGACUGCUUCCUUCAUCUACAGUCAAACAGGUAAUCAGGAAGCUGAAUGAGUUGUACAAGAGCUGCGUUACAUGCUGUCGCUCCCUGAGCAAUCAGCUGCAGAGUUUUUUGAUGGACAAGCAGAAGCUGAUGGAUCGCUUCAAUGGGCUUACAGCAGAGAAGCUCAUCUAUUGCCAUACAGUGCACAUGGUACAGUCUGCGGCUUUAGAUGAGAUGUUCCACUGUGGUACAGAAAUUGUACAACGCUACCAUAAAGCUCUUCUACUUCUGGAGGGUCUGUCCCAAUUUGUCUCAGAAGAAAAGGAUAUUAACAGUAUAGAAAGAUGCAAGCAAUGUAUUGAACGACGCAUAUCUGCUCUGCAAACUUAGCGAUGUCCAAGUGCUGUAGUACUACGCUCACAGAAACUGUGUUGUCAUUCCUGAUCCACCUCAUUGCAAUGUAGAAGGGAGAGAUCCCCCUGUUCACAUACACUAGCACUUUUAUCCUCCUGAAGAGAAUGACCACUGAAGCGCCUGCUCCGAGCACACAGUCCAAUGUCUGAAAUUCAGACAUCUGCACAGAAGACCGGACUUCCUUGGGUUUGACUUGAAAUGAAAUUUUAUAAUGAUUAUUUAUGAGACUGAUGUUUUGCACUGUAUUUGUUACAAAAUUUUGGGUUCUGUGUGUUUUGCACUUAGAAUUAUCUAAUUAUAGAUCAUACUUGAAGCAAUGAUUAGCAUUUUUGAGUUCUUAGCUAAAAUUGAACUGUUAAACAGGAGUCAAAAGAUGCAUUAAAUGACCAAUUAUUUUGAUUGUGUAGCUAGUGCCUUCUUAAAGUUGGGUUGAAAACUGAUAAGUAUUACAUUUAGAGGUUUUAAUUCAAUAUAUGAAUAACACUGUUACUUUUAUCAUGACUCAUGUGAUGUUAUUUAUUAUUUGUAGGUUGACUGCAGUUGACUGUGUCAUUGCAUGACACGUUUUUGUGUACAUUUUUAUUUUGUACAUGGGUUUGGUGUAUGUUUUGUGCGUAAGCACUUUGCAAAUAUGUAGAUGAACUAAUGGAUAAUCCUUGACAGUGUUUUAAAAAAAAUGUGUGAAUAAAAAAGAUGCUUGGGAUGUUUGUAUUUUCUAAUUGUUUUAAAGGUUUGUGUGCAAACGUAAGAUCAUGCCAGGUUAGAUUGAUCACAUAUCACCACAGUUUUUUUUUACUUUACUUACUUAAUAUACUGGCACAGCAUUUAAAUCUAUAAAUAAAUUUGACUCGAGAAUAUGAAAUUAAGACAGUUGUGACCUGGCUAAUGUUAUGUUUUUUUCCCCCCUUUUCCAUUAAUAAACCAU